AGUCUUGGAUUUUUAACCUGUGAGUUAACAAGUCGAGUAAAAUGAAGCCAAUUUGUGUUUGCCUGUUUGCGUUUGUCGCAUUGGCCGUAGCCGAAAAGUACACAGAUCGCUAUGACAAUAUCAAUCUGGAUGAUGUCUUAAGCAACAGGCGGCUUUUAGUACCAUACUUGAAGUGUAUAUUAGACGAAGGGAAGUGCUCUGCUGAUGGAAAGGAGCUAAAAGCUCACAUCAAAGAAGCAUUAGAGAAUGAUUGCGGUAAAUGUACUGAACCUCAGAAGAAGGGUACUCAACUUGUAAUCACGCAUCUUGUCCAACACGAAGACGAAUUUUGGAAGCAAUUGGUUGCCAAGUACGAUCCCAGCAAAAAUUAUGUGACGAAAUAUGAGAAACAAUUGAAGUCUAUUAAAUCCAGAGCUUAACUUUAUAUAAAUGUAUUAAACUGUGUAUUUUAUUAC